AUGAGACACGACUGGCAAUAUCUGUCGCUGCUUCUGGCCAGCGACGUUGUUGUUGCGCAGCGCGUUCUGCAGGGCAGCGUGCAGCACUUCCAAAGCGACGCUGCCGGCCCGUGGCAGCCUCUGCUCUCCCUGGGCUUCGGCACACCCCCGCAGGAAAUUGUCGGCAUAUUCGACACGGGCUCUUCCGACACCAUCAUCCCAAAAGCGGGCUCUGAACUGUGCCAGGUUAACAACCAGCAGUGCACGGAGCCGGCGCCUGUCGUCCUCGGCGAGUUCGACCCGGAGGUGGCUUCCGACGUCAAGGAGCUCAAAGGCGAAACGUUUGAUGCUGGAUUCAGCGGCGGCGACGAGUUCAACGGCGAGUACAUCGAGACUACCAUCAGCGUUGGCGACGAUGGCGGGGGCGAGAUUCCCGGCGCCCAGGUGGCGCUGGCGUCGGGCGGUCAACCCUCGGGCGACUUUCCGCAGUUCUCCAUCUUUGGCACUGGCCCGCGUGAGGCAGAAGCGACGGAUCAAAAGUACGACAACCUGCCCCAAAUUAUGAAAAACGCGGGCGUCGUCAAGGGCAAUUCCUACAGUGUCGUCAUGAACCCGACGCCACUUGCCAACGGAAGCGUCUUCUUUGGCGGUAUCGAUCGGUCCAAGUUCAGCGGCGAGCUGCAGAAGGUUGCCAUUGACCGCGACGACAGCGGCAAGAUCUCCGACUAUGUGGUCAAGAUGACCUCCUUGAAGCUGGACAUGGGCGGCAGCAGCAACAAGACGGCCAAGCUCACCAAGAACCAGAAGCGCGCGCACAGGAGUCUGCUUCGGCGCGGCGUCCGCCGACGCUCCAUCAGACAGAGAGUCGGAACCAAGGCCAAGGGAACCUACGGCGGUGGCCGAGUGAGCACGCAGAGCGCGGAAGAUGAAGAUGACGGGGAGGUUAAUGCGCUGAACAAUGGCAAAAGCAAUGGCCAUAACAACGACAACAUUGAUAAUGAUACAGACGAAGGUGACGGUAAUGACGGCGAUAACGACAAUGACAAUGGCGACUACGAUGGCGACAAUAACAACAAGGACAACAACAACAACAACAACAACAACAACAACAAUGGUAACAAUAAGGGCAAUAAUAAUAGAAACAAUGAGGGUCAUGGCAAUGGUUACAAAAAUGGCAACAACAAUGAUGAUGAUAACGAUGAUGGCGAUGACAAUGACAAUGGCAAUGGCAAUGGAGGCAAUGGCGGCAAUGGCGGCAAUGGCGGCAACGGUAAUGGCAAGAACAAUGGUAAGAAUAAUGGUAAGAACAAUGGCAAGAACAAUGGCAAAAAGAACGGUGGAAAUAGGAACGGAGGAAACAGGAACGGAGGAAACAAGAACGGAGGAAACAAGAAUGGGGGGAACAAGAACGGCGGGAACAAAAACGGAGGGAACAAAAACGGAGGGAAUAAGAACGGCGGCAAUGCCACCACUCCCGGCCUCAUCGACCUCGGCCUCAAGAAAAAAGAGACCUUUACUCUCUUCGACACUGGCGGCGUCGACCUCCAGCUCCCCGCCGGCGUGCUGCGCAAGAUGGCCCGCGCCCUUGAUGCCAAUUUUAGCGAAGAAGACGGCCUCGGCCCCGUUGAGUGCGACAAGCUCAGCGCGGACAACAAGUUGGUUCUGGGCUUCAACAACGACAAGGUCAAGGCGACGAUGGCGCUUGACAAGAUCCGCGUCUCCGAGGAUAUUGCUGAUCCGGAGCUCACGCGGGCUGGACUGUGCGAGGUUGGUGUCUCCGCCGUCGACCCGUCGACCAACCUCAACAGCAUUGGCUUCGGCUUCUUCACCGACGUCUACACCGUGUUCGAUCUGGAGAGUAACAGUCUAUGGUUUGCGCAGGCCAAGGGAGAUCCGAGCGCGCCGGGUGCGCAGCUGGAGGAGUUUCCUUGA